AUGUCGCUACCUGAUCCUACUGAAGAUCUCGACUGGGGAGGCUACAUUGGAGGCAUUCAUGAGAUAUUCCACAAGAAUGCCGUGGCUCACCCUGACAGGCUUUGUGUGACAGAGACUGUGACCUCGAAGGCGCCAACAAGAACCUAUACCUACCGCCAAAUUGAUGAAGCGAGUAACAACAUCGCAAAUUAUUUACGCGACUCCGGCAUCCAGAAUGGAGAUGUAGUCAUGAUCUUUGCGCACCGCUCAGUUGAAUUGGUCUGUGCAUACAUGGGAACGCUGGCUGCUGGUGCUAUUGUCACUGUCCUUGAUCCUCAGUACCCCCCGCAGAGACAACAAAUCUAUCUUCAAGUUUCUAAGCCCAAGGCGCUCAUCUCCAUUCGCAAGGCUACGGAGGAGAGCGGGCCUCUUGCUCCUCUCGUCCAAAAGUGCAUUGAUGAUGAACUUGCCAUCAAAAUCAAGAUCCCAGACCUGCGCUUCACCGACAAUGGCGAGUUGAUUGCGGGCGAAGACAGUGUUGAUAUCUUCGCCAACGUAAAGGAGAGGGCCUCAACACCUCCCGAUGUGCUCAUUGGACCCGACUCUAACUGUACGCUGUCGUUCACGAGCGGAACGCAAGGAUUGCCCAAGGGCGUGCUUGGCCGUCAUUACAGUCUAGCAAAGUAUUUCCCGUGGAUGGCUGAGAGGUUCGGCCUCUCAUCAAACAGCGUAUUCGCCUGCCUUUCCGGAAUUGCCCAUGACCCAAUCCAGCGAGAUAUCAUGACGCCUCUGGCCUUGGGCGCAAGCCUAAUCCUGCCCGCCAAGGAGGAUAUCCAGCACGUAAGACUGAGCGAAUGGAUGAGAAAGUGGUCACCAACGACAACUCACCUUACGCCUGCCAUGGGACAGAUUCUGGUUGGUGGCGCCACAGCGCAGUUUCCCAGUCUGCGCCAGGUCUUCUUCGUUGGUGAUGUCCUCACUACUCGCGACUGCAGGAGUCUUCGUCAGCUAGGUCCCGCCUGCACCAUCAUCAACAUGUACGGAACCACAGAAACUUCUCGCGCUGUAUCCUACUUUGAGGUCCCUUCCGCCCUGGAGGUCCCUUCCGCCCUGGACUCACUCGGCGACUCUAUCCCCGCUGGCUGGGGCAUGAAAGGUGUCCAGGUAUUGGUUGUGGAUCGAGAAGAUCACACCAAGAUCUGUCCGAUCGGCGUGGUUGGAGAGAUCUAUAUCCGCGCUGCUGGUCUCGCCGAAGGAUACCUUAACGAUCCCGAGAAGAACAAGGAGAAGUUCAUCGAUAACUGGUUCGUUGAUAACAAGAAGUGGGCGGAGGCAAACAAGGCCAACGAUAAGGGCGAAGCUUGGCGCAAGUACUACAAGGGGCCACGAGACAGACUUUACGUCACAGGUGACCUUGGAGAAUAUCGACCAGAUGGGGCUGUGCGUGUCCUGGGCCGUAUGGACUCACAAGUUAAGGUGAUCCGUGGAUUCCGCAUUGAACUCAACGAGAUUGAUGCGAACCUUGGCGGUAGUCCUCUGAUCCGAGACUGCAAGACACUGGUUCGAAGAGAUCGUAAUGAGGAGCCGACACUUGUCAGCUACAUCGUGCCUGAGAUCGCUGAAUGGAAGCGUUGGCUUGAGACUCAGGGCCUCCAGGAUAUUGACGAAGAGGGUGUAGAAAUGGGACCCUGUACUGUCUACCUCAAGAGGUUCCGCCGUAUCCAAGCUGAGGUGCGAGACCACCUCAAGUCUCGUUUACCGGCGCACUCCGUUCCUUCGAUCUAUAUUGUGUUGCAGAAGCUGCCUCUGAACCCGAACGGAAAGGUUGACUCCCCUAAUCUUCCUUUCCCCGAUGCCUCUCUCAUGACAGAGGAUGCCUCGGAAGAAGAUUUGAAGAGCUGGGAGAGCCUAUCGGAGACUGAGAAGACUAUUGCGACACAAUGGUCGACCCUAAUCCCGGGUUUGAACGCCAAGAUGGUCAGGCCGGACUCAAGUUUCUUCGACUGCGGUGGCCACAGUCUUCUUGCCCAGCAACUGUUACUUGAUAUUCGCAAGGAACUGCGUGUCGAUGUCACCAUCGGUGUUCUCUAUACAAACCCCACGAUUCGCGGCCUGGGCAGCGCAGUCGACAGUCUUCGCAGCGGCCAGGCUGUCACUGUCGACCAUUCUAACGAUAAUGUUUACUCUGACUCUCUCGAUGAGCUUACCAAUACUCUAGACGCGAAGUACCAAAGCGCGGACCCCGAUGCUCUGAGCCCUUUCAACGGCGCCACUUUCUUUCUUACCGGGGCUACUGGCUUUCUCGGCGCAUACCUAGCCAAGGAUAUACUGGACAGAAAGAACACCAAGCUGAUCGCUUGUAUCCGGGGAGCCAAGGACCUUAAGUUUGCAAAGGAGCGUCUUGUAAGAUCCCUCAAGGGCUACGGUCUCUGGCAAGACUCUUGGGCUGAUAGGAUCUCCUGCGUUAUUGGUGAUCUCUCUAAGCCUCGUCUUGGCCUUGACGAUGCUAGCUGGAAGCAUGUCGCUGAUACAGCUGAUGCAUUUAUCCACAACGCUGCGUACGUCCACUGGAUCGCUCGUUACGAACAGAUGAUGGGACCGAAUGUUCUAUCUACUAUCGACGCUAUGAAGCUGUGUAAUGAGGGCAAGCCCAAGCUUUUCUCAUUCGUUUCCUCAACUUCGACCCUCGAUACCGACUACUAUAUCAACCUGUCCGACGCCCAGACAGCUACCGGCCGAGGCGCUGUCCUUGAGUCCGAUGACUUGCUCCCCAACCGCACCGGCCUAGGAACCGGCUACGGGCAGACCAAGUGGGUGUCUGAGCAACUCGUCCGCGAGGCUGGACGCCGAGGUCUCCGCGGUGCAAUCGUCCGACCAGGCUACAUCCUUGGCAGCCGCAACAGCGGUGUCUCGAACACCGACGAUUGGAUCGUACGCCUCUUGAAAGGCUGUUGCCAGCUUGGUGCUCGUCCUCGCAUCAUCAACUCUGUCAAUGCUGUCCCUGUCGAUCACGUCGCACGCGUUGUUGUCGCUUCGACGCUGAACCCUCUCCCUGGCAUGAACGUGGUGCACGUUACUGCUCACCCCCGUCUGCGGAUGAACGAGCUCCUCUCUGCGCUAAGUUACUACGGCUACGAAGUACCCGAGGUCGACUAUGACAUCUGGAAGUCGCAGCUGGAGGAGUUUGUCUCGGCCGGCGCCGUGGAGAAGGACCAGGAGCAAAACGCAUUGAUGCCGCUAUUCCAUAUGGCUACUGCAAAUCUCCCGAGCACUACUCGUGCUCCUGAGCUAGAUGAUAGGAACGCUGUGGCUGUUCUAAGGGCCGAUGCAGACCGCUGGACAGACAUUGACGAUAGCGCAGGAGAUGGCAUUUCUCGCGAGGAUAUCGGUAGGUAUCUUCGGUACCUUGUUGAGAUCAAGUUCAUGGCCGCACCCACUGGCAGAGGACGUAAGCUGCCCGAGAUUGACACCUCGAUUGCCGAGGCGCAAGCACAGUGGGGGGUCGGUGGUCGCGGAGGUACCUCUUAA